AUGCCAGCCGCGAUCACACCGGGGGACCUUCGACGGCAUUGGGUUGAAGGAGGAGAGAUCGCAUGCAUUGACGUCCGAGAGGAAGGACCGUACGCCGACGGCCACCCGCUGUGGGCUGUGAGCGUGCCCGUAAUAUAUGACAAUGGCGAAGGCUACGUCGGCCGCUCCAUCUCUCGUAUUGAAGCCCUUGGUUACAGAGACGUUCGAGCUCUCGAGGGCGGGCUUGAUGCAUACUCCCGGAUAGGGGAGGUCUACCGCGACGUCAACAGCGCUUGCAAAGCCUUUGGGGAGCUUGUUGAGGCGAUUAGGCACACGCCCUCUUUGCCUGCGAAGGAUAUCAAGCGUCUGAUUGAAAUCGAGAGGGAUGUGGUCGUGCUGGAUGCCCGCCGGUACGAAGAGUUCAAUACCAUGAGCAUCCCUCGCGGGCAGAGCUGUCCCGGUGGAGAGCUGGUUUACCGCGCUCGCGAGAUUGCAAAACAUCCGGACACGACUAUUGUGGUCAAUUGCGCCGGUCGAACGAGGUCUAUUGUAGGGACACAAUCUCUCAUCAACUCCGGAAUCCCAAACAAGGUCGUGGCACUACGUAACGGGACGAUAGGCUGGACUCUAGCAGGUCUGGAUCUCGAGAAGGGAAAGGACGAGCGUGCCCCGAAGCCGUCGGCCGCAGCUUGUUCACAGGCCCAAGCGAGCGCCAAAGCAUGGGCGGACCAUGUCGGGGUGCGUGUCAUCGAUGAUGGGCAGCUUGCCAGCUUUCAUGGCGACUUGGAUCGGACUCUGUAUACCUUCGACGUGCGUGACCCGGAAGAGUACAGCCAUGGUCACGUUGCAGGGUGGCGUAAUGCGCCUGGUGGUCAGCUUGUGCAGGCUACUGACGAGUGGGUGGCGGUCAGGGGAGCUCGCAUCGUUCUCCAUGACAAUGACGGUGUGAGAGCGCGGAUGGCGGCGUCGUGGCUGUAUCAGAUGGGCUGGGACGUCUUCGUUCUGGAUGAGAAUGCUCCAGGCCGCCUGCCAAUGCCAGAGGUAUCUGCGUCAGCGGACGAGACUACAAAGAAAGGUUUCAUUACUGUAGCCGACCUUCGACACCUCGACAAUUCGACGAUCAUCGACCUAGCAAGAAGCACAGCAUAUCGCAAAGGCCACAUUCCCGGGGCAUGGUUCGCUUCAGGACCUGAGAUCGCCCGUGACUCCAAGGCAGCUCCAGGGCAUGGAGCAAUCGUCCUGACCUCGCCGGACGGCAACAUUGCUCAAGCGAACAUAGCUGAUGCCAAGAAAGAGACAUAUCGACCGGUGUACGUUCUGGCUGGGGGCACGGCAGCUUGGAUUGACGCUGGACUGUCGUUGGAAACGGAGUGCCGAUGGCUCAGCGAACCGAUUGAUGUCUACAAACGGCCAUACGAGGGAACAGACAACGCUCACGCCAACAUGCAAGCCUACAUCGACUGGGAGCUGCAGCUAGUAGCGCAAUUGGCGAACGAUGGGGUCUCCGGCUUCCAUGUUGCUCGCGCGGCAGCAUAA